AGACUUUGGAUAGAGAACACAACUGAUGACUUCUACCUAUGAUUUAAGCAGUGUUGAACGUGAAAUGGUGAAUACAUCAAGAAGAAUGGGUUUAGGUGGUCGUAUAUGGGAGUAUUGGCUGGCUUUCAAGUUUGUCUUCCGGUCACUUACAUAUAACUCUUUCACAUCUAGCAGUACAACCAUUGAUGUUGCUAUGGAACCUGUUAUAUGGAUAGUAGAACACAUCACUAAAUACAUGGGACCUAUGAUGGUUGGUAUGGUGAUUCUCUUGACUACUGGCGUGGUACUUGUUAUGUAUACUGUGGUUCUACCUGUAUCCAUGGUGCGGUCAAGCUAUGAAAUUUGGAUCCAUCUUAUUUUUGGUCAAUGGCUACUGGUCAACAUUUUAUUCCAUUAUUACAAGAGUGUGACUACUAGACCUGGAUAUCCACCACCCGUUGUAUCUGAGACUGGAGCAGGAGGUAUAUGUAAGAAGUGUAUUGGACCCAAACCACUCCGAACUCAUCACUGCAGUGUAUGUAGAACUUGUAUACUUAAAAUGGACCAUCACUGUCCAUGGAUCAACAACUGCGUGGGUCACUUCAACCAUCGUUAUUUUAUGUUAUUCUGCAUCUACAUGACCAUCGGUACGAUCUAUGUCACUAUCUCAGUAUGGCCUCAGUUCAGGGAUGAAUUCUUUGAUGCUAGAAAAACUUUUGAGAGUUUGUUUGGUGAUUCUAUAUUUGCCAAGUCAAUGGAGAUCUACAAUCAAGCCAAGGUGGCAGAGGCAGCUAGUAAGAUGAACGAGACAGAACUAGCAAAGAAGGGAGUACCUGUUGUCCCACCAAAAUACACUUUGACUUUUUCAGAGAGCAUGCACCAUAAAGCAGUCGUUUAUGAAUUCUUUGUCUGUACAGGAGUGACCAUAGCUCUAGGUGGCCUAACUCUGUGGCAUUCAAGAUUAGUAAGCAGAGGAGAAACAAGUAUAGAGAAACAUAUCAAUGAUGAUGAGAGAAAGAGACUUAGUAAAGUAAAAGUAGUCUACAAAAAUCCAUAUGACUUUGGAAUCUGGAAAAACUGGCAAAUAUUGUUAGGAAUUAAUGUGAAACAUAGAUCUUUCAUCAUGCAUGUGCUCUUACCAUCAUCUCAUUUACCAGAAGGAGAUGGUGUACAUUGGAUCAAUCAACUGACCCCUGGUUAUGUUCCUAAGAGUGUGCCUUGACCAUUCUCAUAAUCAUGUACUACAAACAUUUUUUACCCUAUUUAUGCUAUAACAUUUCUUUAUGUUUUGUAGCUGUAUAUUUUGUAAGUGUAGUUAUGAAUUGCUCCAGAGAAAAUCCAUCUUUUUUCAAUUAAGCUCUUAAACAACAUUUUAAUGUAAUGCAUUUUUCAAAAUUAUUUAGAAAUUAUUUUCCUGUCCUCUUUCUCUCUCAGUCCUUAACUCUUUGUGUGCUUGAUUCGAUUGCAGCAUUUGAACACCCAUAUUUAUGGUGUCCUUUCGCCCCGAGAUUGUUAUGGGUUUCGUGUAUGCUAAUUUGUCUAGUUUCCAAUACAUUAAGGCAUGUAAAUUUCUGCAUCCAUGACAUUUAUGAAUGAUGUGCUUUAUCUUUCUAAACUUCCAAAUAGAGCAUAUCAUAGUUUGUUUAUGAUCCACUGAAUAGGAACCUCCAUAGAUUCCUUCACUUUCAAAAUCACUAAGUGAGAUAAUCCUGAUAUCCAGGAAGUUAAAUGAAAGAGAGGGGGGUCAAUAAUCCCCCCUAUAAACAGUUCCCAGUAAUAGGACUGAGUUGAAGCUUUUGUAAAAGACACUCCCAAAUAUUACUCCCUCUCAUUUUCACUCUUACUCUUGUAUGUUUUUUUCUAGUCAGAUUAUCACAAUUUUGUAUCAAUGGAAAGCUUGUUUCAUUAUCUGUGCAAUUAAAAAAUACAUAGCAAUUUUGCCACUGAUACAAUAACCAAAUGAAAGAGGAUAAAGUUUUUGAAAAUGCCAAAUAAAUGUUUUAAGAGAAAGGAUUCUUAUGGACAUAAGCGCUUGAAGUAUUCAAUUCUAAUUUGUGUGAUUAAAAAGUCCAUAAAACACUUCAAAUUUACAAUGCAAAAUUUUGUUUAAAAAUGAUCAGGUGAAAAAUUAUAGCCAUCUAAAUAAAUAACACAGUUUUUUUUUACCCUGAAGAAGUAUUUGGUGCUGGAUAAUGCAACAUACAGGGGUUUGAAGGUCAAUACCCCAAUGGAGCAUAGUGUUAUUAAAGGGGCUGUUCAGCCUGGUAUGACUUUGUAUUUUUAUAAAAGCAGAAAAAUGAAAGAAACUUCUUGGUGAAAAUUUGAAAAGCCAUCAAAGAUUAAUAGAGUUCAAGUUUUUGACGUCAUAAGGUAGGAACUCCCUGUUUAUAGUCAUUAUUGGAUAAAGUGCAAUUUUCUUAGAAAAUUGAGGAUGAUUAAUUCAUUAUAUCAUCAGACACAUAAUUUCAUUCCACAUACUGUAUGAACAAUAUUUCAGUUAUCAUGAACCAUUGAAAAAUGGGAAUUUAUUUGAUUCACAUGUUUAUUACAUGACCUGCUCCUCGCAUAUGGCAUUACGGAUUCCCUACAAGCAAUUUGCUUUUUUUAUGG